AUGACCGGUCUAAAGAUCGGAAAUGUCAUAUCUGCAUUAUAUCACCAACCAGGCAUUGUCGACGUGUGCUGUAUUGUCGACGCACCACCCGCAAAUCCGAUCCCAAACACCGCGAUCUUGCGGAAUAUACUCGAGGAUUGCCGCGAACAGGAGAGACUUUGGGGCGGCAAGCCAAUAUUCUACCGAGGCUACAGCGGCAAUUUGCUUGAGCGAAGAAUCACUUCUGCAGGGGGAAGGGAGUUUUAUAAUGUGGCUAACGUACCGGACAAUAUCAGCGGUAGUAAAAUUGCACCAGCAAUGGGGACAUCCCUAGCCACUGUGACGUCGGGAGGAUCUGCGAGUAAGAUUGGGUAUGAUCUGUGUCGAACCUUCGCUGGGGUGUGGAGUCUGCCUGCCGUUGUAACCAACCAACCAACAACAGAGCCGACGACGCUUUCGGCUUUCCAUUGGACGGAAUCGGAUGACAUGGGUACCGUUGAUUGUGUCUAUGUAGCCUUCAAUGACUCUCCUGGUCACUUCACGUUCAAGUUCUAUGCACAGUAUCAAGAAGAUCCACCAAGACUCUUUGAGGGACAGAUCUCCGACCGCGGAAUUUUGGACGUGGAGGAGAUAGCGCCGAACCUUCCCCUUGCCAUAGGUGUCGGGACACCUUCGCGUGGAACAUCUAUUGGAAGCGUUCAUGAACCUUCGAGUGAACCUCCGGCAAAUGAUCGAAGAACCUGGGUCAUAUACUCCGAUCCGGAAGGUCGUAUUCGCAUCCGCAUACUUCGCGUCGAAGACGAAACAAGCGUGGCCAAUGGCAAUGGUGUUGACACCUCGGCAAUCAAGCCGUAA